AUGGCAGACAUACUUACCCAGCUGCAGGAUGCCUUGGACAUUCUCCUCCAGCAAUUCUACGCCAGCCUGGUCUACACGUCAACGCGCCACCCCUACGCCGACAUUCCCGGCCAGCCACACGACGCCGACCGCGACCUGAAUAGCAGCAAUAACGCGAACCAAUCCGGCGGCGACGGUCAGCAACAGCCUGGCAACGUGGCCGACGCGGGCGGAGCGGCCGGGGCCCUGACGGAGCGACCCCGCUCUCCGCCCCCCGAUCCCUCCUUCACGGCGACGCAGCACGAGAUCGCGCAGGACGUGGUGCUAAACAUGGCGCGCAUCGGGGCGCUGAUCGACCGGCUUCCGGGGAUUGGGUCGAGCGAGCGCGAGCAGGUGGACCGCAUGGCGGAGCUAGACCGUCAGCUGCGCGAGGUGGAGGCUGAGCGCGCCGAGGCAGUGGGCGAAAAAGAACGGCUGGUGGCUCUGCUUGAUGAGCGGAUCGUGGGGGUCAGGCGGCCAUGA